AUGAUUGUAACCUACGGGAAACCUUUGAACUACUCAUUGAACUACGAAACAUAUCCAACUAAUCUCUGGGAUGGUUGUGUGAGACACUGUUAUUCAUUGGAUAGCUGUGUGGCCGCCCAUUCCCCUGUGUCUCCAAUAACCUGCGAAAUAUUCAAUGCGAAUCUACUUUGGUCUGUGAAGAGAAUGAAUUCUAGUCAGGAACAGUUGAUGGCAAUCAAGAUCCACAGCCCCUCCACCAUCUGCCCAGUCUCUAUGGAUUCAGUUUUGUCUUAUGCAGAGAUAUUCGGAAGUCCCAAUCAAUCCUACAUUCAUUCACAAGCCGAACAACUGUGCUCUCUACAAAAUGCUCAAUUGUCUGGACUGGAAACACAAGAAGAAAGAACAUUUGUGAUGGAAACUGCAUUGUCUAUCAUUGGAUCAAAUUACCCGAACUUCUCAGCCUUCUGGAUAUCAGGAGUACGUAAACCGGAAUGUAUCGAAGAUGGAUGGCAAACUAUUCCUUACUGUAUUGAUUAUAUUCAGGAAUUCACCUGGUCGGACAACUAUCUUACCAACUAUUCUGGAAUAGUUUGGGAUCUGAAUCAACCGGAUAGAAACACUUCUGGAUAUUGGCAGAACUGUAUGCAGAUAUGGAUAAGAGAGGAAUUUCAGUCACCGACUUGGAAUUUUGAGAGUCAGCCGAAUGGAGCUGCAGACGAUGCACCAUGUGACGAAGCAGAGAAUCAAUAUUAUGCAAUGAGGGGAUAUGUUUGUGGGAAGGUUGCAGAAUAA